AUGGCGAUCUUUGCCUUUUUGUCCUACUUCAAGCCAUGGUGGAAGCAGACGGAUACGGACUACGAGACUGUGCUUUCUCGCUUGACAUCCGACAUUACGGAGGUGCAAACUCGAUUGACGCAGGUCAAGACGCGAGAGAGGAGAGCGAGCGUGACCUUGACCUUCAACGCCUUCUUCCUCUACGCUGCUUAUGUCGCUUGUUGCUGGUACCUGCGCCCGCUCAUCACCUCACACCCGAGAGGUGUCGUCGUUGCCGCCUAUCUACCUGUUGUGCUCACUCCUUUCCUGUGAGUAACGCAGCGAGUCAAAUUCUUCUUCACCAUGCAGUGCACUGAUGCUCCAAGCAAUGACAUUCUCAGCAUCAUUUACACUCGGCGCAUCGUCCGAUGGUGGUACAAUCGCAUCUCUGAGGGCGAAGGUGAGCGUGCGGGCCAACUUCCUGCCGUGAGACGCUCGCAUGCCAUCCCGCUUAACUCUGCUUGCGCUCUGCCUCCGCACAGAGAAACAUCUGCGAUCGCUGCAGCGAGCGCGUAGGACAAAAAUCGACGAGAUCAAACGUGCUUCCAGGUUCGAUUAUAUGCGAAUGCUGCUGGACAAAUACGACGACAUUCAGCCACCUUCUCGAGCUCGUCAGGCUGCAUCGAGUGCCAAAAUCGGAGACUCGCCAGCGAAGGGCCCUGGUGGUGGUCUAGCAGCGCCGGGAAGUAGUCCGCGAUCCAGGCCGACUACUGCACCAGGCAACGCCAGUCGAGCUCCAUUUUCCAACGCAUCUACACCACCCGUGCCGGCAGUGCCUGGCACCGGCUCUGCACACGCGCCGCCUCAUGAUCAAGCUGGCACAGCCAAAACGCCAGCUCAGGGAUCAGCUGUACCAUUGGCUGCGCAGGCCGUACCACCUCGCACUUGGCUGGAUCGCGUAGCAGACCUUAUCUUGGGCAGUGAGAAUGGAGAAGGCACCUUGAGAGACGAGCAGAAGUACGCCCUCAUAUGCAAGGAAUGUCUCAACCAUAAUGGGCUAUGCUUGCCGAGCGAGAUCGAGGAGAUACGUGAGUCCAACAGUGAAAGUACGAGGUUGAUAUGACGUUCGGUACGGCACGACACGUCUUGAUGUGACAAGGCCCGAUGACUUUUGCACAACAGCGAUAAGGGGGGGCGGCAAAGAGAUUCGUUGUGGGUUUUUGAUGCAAGGGGGAGUAUCAACAGCUGACAUUGAGCCUCUCUGCGUCUCCCCUUUAGAAUACAUUUGCCCAAAGUGCGGCACGUUCAACUCUCGAAGGCCUUCCACCGCACCCAUCUCAUCUCCCUGGGGCCGAGCGCGCUUCGAUUCCACAGCCAGCAUCCAGAGUAUGAGUGGGGCAUCCCCGUCACCCAACUCGAGGGCGCAGGGCGAAAGGGGACAUCAGAGACCGCAUAGCGUUGCAGGAUUCUCUACGGACUUCUUGACCCCCGAGAGAGCGUUGGGCGAUCGAGAAGGUUCGGAAAGACCCCUUUCGCCCUUGCACCAACCAGUGACCGGCGCAGACCGUGAGCAGGAUGGAGACAGUGAAGCGGAGGUGGAAGAGGAAGCGUGGGAAGAGCUGCGAGAUUUGGAAGAGGAUGACUCGCCACCUGACGAACCACUAAAUUCGAGCGACCCUGCAGGCACGAGAUCGUCAAGAGCCUCGGGUAAGGGCUUGGCCGGGUCGAAGGGGGCCAAGUCUCGCGGAAGCGGAUCUACGCGCAGGCCCAGCACACUUAGAAGUAGACGCUCGGGCAAGCCGGACCUUAUGGACGUCGACUAG